CUCUCGGCAGCUCGUGCUCUUGCUCUGCUCGACAGUUUUAGAGAAGGGCCUCCAGCGUUGCCUUUCAUGGCAGCACACUAUUUCCAUGUGAGGGUGAGCUCGAGCCCGAUUGAAUUCAAUGUAUAUCAAAUAUUUGAGUUUCCAUGUAAGUUUGUCUCGAGUACUGGUAUCCUCUGUACACAUUUCUUCGAUAUCAUAGAUAGUAAAUUCACAAAAAGCUUAUCAGUUUUUUCUGGGUCUAUCUUCCCAUUGGUCUUGAGGCAGCUGGAUUCGCAGUCUCUCAGUACAGCUGUACAUCCAGUCUUUACACAGCUCAGGGUUUGUCACAUCUGAGAUAUCUGCAAUAUCAUGCAUUCCAUGACAUUCUGCUUUCACAUCGCACUAUCUUUGCUAAGAACUUGAUUUCAGAUACUCCUGCAGAGCUAUCAUCUUGUCCACUCAGUUCUGUCACCAGUGCACAUCAAACCCUUCUCUCCCAGAGGCGUUUCCGAUAGACGUGUAGUCUUUUUUGCCACACGGUCUACGAUUUAGGUUGGCACCAGAAUCCUGGUCGUCUGUGUUCAUUUUGACUCCCAUCGCUUCUCCCGAGCUCGAGGAGACUCCUGUUUCCACUUUGCACAAUCUCCCUUCGUUUUGUGGUCAUUGUGGAUCUUGGAGUUAUAUUUGUGUUGCUAAUUGUGCACAGUGCGAGAAGUCUGAUGCCCAGCACGCACAUGCACACUAGGACGGGGAGAUCGAGAGCAGGGCUUUCGGAUUAAGGAGAGGGCCUCCUGUAGGCACGGUUACAUUUCCCCGGCGCAUGCCAAGUAACAAAUGUUUCUUCCUCUGUGAGAGAGGAGGAGAGAAAGGAAGAGUGCAAGAAGUUUCAUGCUUAGCACGCAUAUGUACACGAGCUGUUAGAUGCUACGCGACGGGAGGUUUAGUUUUCUUCGGGAUCGAGGAGGGGGCUUCCUGUAGGCCCGCUUACAUUUCGCUCGCGCAUGCCAAGCAACAAACUUUUCUUCCUCUGGGCGAGUAGAGGAGAGAAUGGAAGGUGCUGGUGCGUCCAAUGUCAGUCACGCUGCCGAGACACGGGAAAUGGACUCUGCAGACGAGGAACCGGAGCUUCCCUCCGCUGUCCAGAAACUUAUACUGCGUCUAGAAGGAGAAGGCAAGCCUACAAGGUGGCUUCCCCAAUUAACCAAGGAAGAAUUUCGGGAUUUCUUUCCGCCUCCUGAAUUGCUCUCAACAAUCUCAGGGUGGCGAAGCCAAGUGCGCCUUCGAAUACUGGAGGCAAUCGGCAACUGCAACCGCUUUGAGUUCCUAAACUUCCGAGCAAUCUGUGGAUAUAAAGGAAGUAUAUCGACGUUGAACGCUUGCGAGUGGGAAGUACUUUUGAGAGCAUUCAGGGAUAGCACCGUUCUACAAGAGAUAAUCAUCCCCGGUUUGGAAGUGAGUUCAGAUGACGAAUGGGAGAGCUUGUGUUUUCAGAUAGGGAGAAUUCUGAAUACCUCUAGCGUACAAGUUUUGAGAAUAGAUUCUACCAACUUGAGUGCAAGAUGUUUCUUGAAUCUCGCCUCAGGUCUGCGGGGAAAUUCCGAUUCUAAACUCCAGGCUUUAAAGCUAGAGUCCGCGCGGAUAGACUCGAGUGCGGUGAAGCAUGUGGCUGACAUGAUCAACAGUGCUACUCGAUUAGAAAGUUUGAUAAUAGACUCUAUAGACGACAUGGAGGAGGAGAACGUUAGAAUCCUGUCACAGGCUUUGAUGAAGAGCUCGUCUUUGAAGACAUUGACAUUAUUGAAUAUGAAGUGGGGAGAGGCCUUGUUGCUGAACGCUUUCGCCGGAGAUGACCGCAACCGAUCAAUUGAACGUCUUGUGCUGGGGCGUUGGGAAAGACUCGGAGACCGUUCAUGUGAACUUCUUACUUCCAACCCAUCAUUGAAGGAAGUGACCUUGAGUUACUUGAAGAUGCGUCCUGAGGAAUGGCACCAGGUCGGCGAAGUCAUACGUGACAAGGCUGGAGCAACAAAUAUUACAGUUCAGUUUGGUUUACAACAAGAUGUUAGAGAGGAAUGGGAGUCAAUAGAAGCUCUUGCGUUUGCUGCUAGUUCCGAUGUCCAGGAUCCCAGGUUAGCGCUUCAGAUGGUUCAUCACAGUGACCAAGGGUCUUGUGAACAUGGGUUUAUGUUAUCAAUGAACCUAUUAGGUAGGGUACUGCGCGGGGAUAUCAAAUCUCUAAAAUCUCUCCGUAUAUGGGCGAAUUUUAUCACUUCAGGUACCAACCAAGAUAGACUGGAAAGUAUCCUAUCGAUGAAUGGAAAAACUGGAGAAACUUCCGUCUUGAAGAGACUGGCGUUACAUAUUUUAAACAGAGAUCUUCACAAGGGACUAUGGAAGGACUUGCUUGGGUGCCUGCGAGGGAACACAAGUCUCACUCACUUGCAAUUGUAUAUACCCAAAGUCGAUGGUGAAGAGGCGUUCAGGGACCUGAUGGGGCUACUGGAAGUUAACUUGACUCUCCAGGAAAUAGAUGUCAGAGGAACCUCAUGGAUAAUGGAGGGAAAGGAGGCGCAGAUCCAAGAAGCACUCAAGCAGAACCAGAAGCGGGCCGUCUACAUGUCCGAAUUCAGAAAAGCCAAAUUAACAUUUGGAGAUGCAAAAGCUGGUCGACUUUUUCUAUGCGGCUCUCCUAGAGCAGGCAAGACUAAAUUGCGACAAACCUUGAUGAGGAUAGUUCAAGGCAAAAGUUGGCUCGGGAACAAAUGGGACCAGUUGUGGAGAACUAAAGGUGUAGAAGUGGAGUUCUUGCAAAACAAUGAUCAAGGGCAAAUAUCAGUUUGGGAUCUUGCCGGACAAGAGAUUUUUCGUACCCUUCAAAAUGUGCUAUUCCCUCAAACCAGCAACUUUUGUGUUUUUUUAUUUGUGUAUAGUCAAUUCUGUGAGAAAUCAUCUUUCAGAAAACCAGAUUCUUGUUUCCAGACAGAGUUGGAAGAUUGGUUGAGUUUCAUCACAUCCAACACUAGGGUCACUGGACAUAUUCGGCCACAAGUUCUUGUUGUGAUUUCACACAAGGAUAAGAUCAAAUCCAGCUCUUUGACUUGGGCUCAUUCCAUAAUGGAUGAACUCAACAAAAAGUUCCAAAAAUUUGUGGAUCUUCACCCUUUGCAAGAGUGUUUUCAUGUAGAUGCUCGAAAAAAAAAACAAGUUAUUCCUCUCAAAAAUCACAUUUUUGAUAUCUUCAAAAAGUUGCUGAGUGAAAAAUCCCCACAGGUUUCUCAAUUGUGUUCCCAACUUUCAUACCUUUUGGCCACAAACACCAAAGAGAACAAAAGUUGUCCUCUUUGGCCAUCCCAAAAGUUUUAUGAAUUCUGUACCCCCAGCUUAACACAAUUCAUUUCAUACUCUUCUCCUCAUGCCAUUGAUCAUUCAAGGAUAAUGAGAUCAAUCAUAUCCUACUUGAAUGACGUUGGAUCCAUAGUGUAUAUUCCCAACCUUGAUUACAUCAUUGUGGAUCCAAACUGGCUUACAAAUACAUUAUUGGGUGAGCUGGUAGCUAUAGGUCAAAACUUUCAAGCUCAAGAGUUGGGGUCUUCAGACAAAACAAUGUCACGUGACUCAUACACAAGCAAGGACGGAUUUGUGAGUGAGAGUGUUUUUGCUGGUUUGAUAGAGGAAUUUUUGUUAAACCAACCACAUGUGGAGAGAGGUGUGGACAGAGAGACGCUUGAGAACAUCCUUAUCAAUUUGGAUUUGUGUUUCAAGCUCGAAGAUACUUCUCAGUAUUUCAUUCCUUCCUUCAUACGUGAGCAUGCAAGCAUGGAAGAUCAGAAGCAUCAAGUAGCGGAAAUGGAGUCGAUGGCUUGGAAAACUAGGGAUGAGACUUCACAGUUUGUCGGCAUCCGGAUUCAAUGCGCAGAUGGAAGAACAAUGUCAAUGACCGCUGCUUUUUUUCCAUGCUUCCAGAUGUUCAUGAGAAGAAAGUUGAUAUCAGAGAUGCAUGUUUCCAAGGAGAUGGUGACCUGCUCUCGACAUUAUCUGCGACUUUUUCUUGAUGGACAUCAGAUUUAUGUCCAGCAAGGAAAGUCCCACAAAUACGUGGAUGUUUUGAUGUUAUGCUCAAAGCAUAAGUCAAGGGAGGGAGCUCUGAAAUAUGUAAUGAAGCAUAUCGUCCAUGAGUUGAUAUCAUUUUGCGCAUCACCGAAAGGCUGUCCUGGGGUGGCGUUAAUGCUUGGCGUUAUUCAAACACUUUGCGUGGAGAUGUUGAUUCCGAGUGAUCUGAGAGGAACGAUUCUGAUCGAGGAGCUCAAAUCAAAAUUCAUUCGUAGCAUCAAAGACAAACUUGAAGAUCUUCCGUUGGAUAAGUUGCAGUUGGAGAAGGAGGAAGAGUUGUUCAACUAUGAACACUCUUGGCCCUUGAUUGAAGGGUACACAACACAGGUUAUAUUCGAAAGAGCUAGAGACUUGCUGUGGGAGAGCGAUGUGGAAGCGGUUGUGAAUGAGAUCCGAGAGAAGCAGAUGCAACACUUGGAGUCAUUGCAGCAAGCCCUUAUCAAACAAUUGGAGAACUUGCAGCAAGGAUUGAUCAAAGUGAACAAUGAUUUGAUUCAUUCUUACCCUGAAAAUGAGAAUGUGGUUACUAGUUCAAAUUUUCUUGACAUGAAAGAUUCCAAUCGACCUUCAUCCAGGUGCUUGAGUCGGGCAAGCACAAGUGUAGAAAAUCGCUCAGCCCAACGUAUUUUGUCCAAGUUUGAUCAGCUAGGACAAAAGUUUGAUCAGCUAGGGCAAAAGGUUGAUGGUUUAGAUGAAAGGUUGAGAUCGAUGGAGAGCAUUGUGAAGAGAUUGGAUAUUAAGUUGGGACAGAUACUCUCUUUGCAACAACAGCUGCAGUUCAAGUUGAGUGCCUUCAUGUCAAAAGUGGACAGGUUCAUUCAGUAUUCUUAUUCGCUUCAGCAGGCAAGAACUCCCAAACGACCUUAUGUUACCGAUGAUGUUGGCAUUUUCUAUAGGAUAAGUGCUCUUCUGCAUGUCGGGACAACCAUUCGCUUACACUUGAUGUGUGAGUCGGCCACUGGGUUUCACCCCGUCAAAGAUCAAGAAGGUUUGAAGAUACGCUUGGAUCGGGAGAAUUGUCAGUGGAUUCGGAAAACUAUUGAAAUCUCAUUCAAAAUCAUGUAUUAUGCUGCAAAGGCUGGACUGGAGAAGACUCUCGGAUUAGGCCAAGCGAUUCCAGACUGGGAAGAUUUAAAAUCUGAUAUUGUUAAACUAGAUGGCAUUAGCGAUCGUGAUCGUAGGGCAGUUCUAAAAGGUGGGGAAAGCAAGGAGCUGAAAGAAGCAUGGUUGAGGAUUCAGCAAACUCUUGCGCCCCAGCUUCAAGAUAGCUAUUCAGCAAUUUUCAAGUUGUAUCAAGUGAAAUACGUGAGUCUAGAAUUAGGUGGGCAUGCAUGGGUGUGCGAGGAGUGCAUGAAUAAAGGUAGGAGUUCUGGCAUUUUGACAUUUUAGGAAUUUGAAAAGGUUUGGAUAUCAUUAUGCAAAUGACCAGUAUAAGUUCAGACACUCAUGCAAUGUGAACCUCUGCAAAAUCUUCGUUGGAGUUUUCUUUGCUUUU